AUGUUAAUGUUCAAUGUAAAUAAAGCUUAAAUAUAUUUGCUGCAUUAUUUUCAUGUGAUCUUUGUAAAAAAUUUGGUAAUCGCAUCUUUAUAAAUCUUUAUUGUAUAUUUAAAAUAAAAUUUACGAAAAAUAAAAUAAAGACUAAAACUCAAAUUUCUAAAAUACUCAAUAUGUCUGUUGUUUCUCCAAUUUUGCCUAAAUUAGUUGAACGAGAUAGUUAUGAUGAAGAUUUAACAGAUAUUGAUGAUGAAGUAUUUAUCAGAGAUGGAAAAAAUAAAUUAAAAUUAAAUGAUGAUGGAGGAGUUAAGCGACCUUUAAUGGCAUCUCAUAGAAAAUAUAAAAAAUCAUAUAAUUUUAAAACAUAUGGAUUUUUAAAUAAAGCUGGUUCUGGAUUUAUAGCAUUGAUAAUAUUAUUAAGUUUAAUAAUAUUAUGUAUAUAUAUUAUAAAUAUAAUACCUGGACCAAUGUCAAUCUUAAAAAAUUGGCUAUCACAUAAUCUUAAAGAUUCAUUACAUGAAUCUAAUUUAAUACCAUGCACAUCUCUUACAUCAAAAAUUUUAUGGACUAAAUCAUUACCAAAAUUAACAUCAGAAUCUCCAAUAAGAAGCAAUGAUGUAAAUGAUGAUGGAAUUGAAGAUAUUAUUAUUGGAUUUAGUACAGGAUUGGAUAUAAUGAAUAUUCCAGAAUAUGCUUGUACAUCAUAUUUUAAUGGCCAAGUUCCAUGUUUUGGUGGAGUUUUAGCUUUAAAUGGUAAAACAGGAGAUAUACUCUGGAUACAUUGGACUGCUCAUGCAAUUUUCUCAAUUGAUUGUGGUUUAGAUUUAACAAAUGAUAAAAUUAAAGAUUGUAUUAUAUGUGGUCGAAAUGGAAUACUUCAUGCAGUUAAUGGCUAUAAUGGGACUAGUAUAUGGGAAAUUCCAGUUCGAGAUUUAUCAAUUUCAGAAGAAUGGAAAUUCUCAGAUAUUUAUGAUGCUAGAUUUAUUGCUGAUAUUAAUGGAGAUGAUGUUGGAGAUAUUAUUGCAUCACAUAUUAUACAUUCGAGUAAAAUUCAUACCAGUGAAAUUCUUAUAAUAUCAGGAAUCAAUGGGAAUAUUAUACAUAAUUCAGUUUUACCAAAUACAGAGCAACUUUUUCUAGCACCUCAAAAAUUGAUUCAUCCAGAUGGAGAAAAUAUUUUUAUUCUUGUUACUAGCAGUCAAAAACAAUCAAGUGGAUUAUACAUAAUUUCUCAAGUAAAUUUAAUAUAUGGCAAUUUGAAAUUACGAAAAUUACAUCAUGAUACAGGAAAAGGAACUUUAUUACCUCCAAUUUUAGUUGAUGUAACAUUAGAUGGAAUUGAAGAUAUUGUUGCUGCUAUGUUUAAUUCUACAAUAAUAGUUUAUAAUGGAUUGACUUUUGAACCUAUUUGGAAUUAUACAGUACCUAAUUCUGAAGUAAUAAGUAUACCUAUUCCUGGUUAUUAUAAUGAUGAUAAUAUUCCAGAUUUUAUGGUAAAACAUCAAAUAGGUUUUCCAACAUAUUAUUACACAGUUGCAACAAUUAUAGAUGGAAAAACUGGAAAACCUUUAUUAGAAAAACCAAUAGAAGAUAGUUUAAGUAGAGAAAUGUCUGGUUUAUCUAUUACUGUUGAAGGAUUUGGAAAUGAUUGGUUUUUACAUUGGUCAGUUGAUUGUUUAAAUUACGAAGGAAUUAAAGAAAAAUAUCAAUUCUUAAAAAAUGAAGAUUUUAUAUCAGAAUCACAUGCUGAUCUUUGUAAGCUACGGUUUAAUUCUACUCUAAUUACAAAAUUAUAUGCCUUAAGCCAACAUGUUGGACCACCUGGUAUAUCAUUAUAUUUUUCUGAAGAUUGGAAAUUUUUAGAAUAUAAUAAUUCUUUGAAUACCAGAAUAGAAUUACAUGAAAAUAUUCCUUUUGUACCUGAACAAUUAUCGAAAAUUUAUAAAGAUUACAAAGAAAAUUUUAAACAAAAACAAAAAGAUUAUUAUGAACAACACAUGGAAUAUAAAAAAUUUGCUAACAAUCAAAAUAAUAUUUUGAAAAAUGAGAAUAAAUGGAUUCAAAAUAAUAUACAAACUAAAGAUUAUGAUGUGUUAUAUAAUGAAAAUAAUAAAAUUAAUUUACAAGAAGAGCCAAUAGAUUAUCAACAAGAAGAAAACAAAGAUCGAGAACAAAGAAGUAAUUCAAAUUUAGAUUUCAAAUUUAUCAAUCAACAAUUAUCUGACAACAAAAUAAACGAUUCUGUAAAAAAUAUGCUUAAGAAUAUUAGUUAUAAAACAAAUAAAUUUGAAACAUUUAAUAUUGCACAUUUUCUGAAUAUUAAAAAAAAUAGAAAUGUUGAUGAAAAUAAUAAAAUAUUAAAUAAAAAAAUUAAUUAUGAUGUAAAUAAAACAAAAGAAAUUAAAUCUAUGGAUGUAAAAACUUAUGCUUAUAAGUUUUCUAAUAUUAGAAUGACAGAAGAUGCUAUAAUAAAAAAUUUUAAACAAAAAAAAUUAAUAAAAAACAGAUUAAAAAAAAAAGAAAUUAAUUUUAAAUCAAAAUUAGAAUUAGAGCAUAAAUAUGAAAUAAAAUUAAAAAAACAAAAAAAAAAGAGAGAAAUAAAAACUAAAAACAAUCAAAUACAUUCAAUACAUGGUGUACAAAAACAACCACCAUCUGGAAUCUUGUUACCCUCUAUUUCAGAAUCAAAAGGAAUAACUUCAAUAGAUUUAGUAUUUUCUACAUUUUGGUUACCAUCCACUGAAACACCUAUAAUAUUAAUUCAAGAAGACUUAAACUGUAUUCAUUGGAAAAAAAUACUUUCAGAAAAAAAAUUGCAAUAUAAACAAAAUGAUGACAUUAUUGAAGAAUGUUUAAAUGAACGAGGUAUUAAUUAUAAAACAUAUCAAGAAGCAAACAAUAAAGAAAAUUUUAAAAUUUCUCUUGGACAAAUGACAAUAUAUAGAAUGAAAUUAGAAUGCAUGUGUCCAGAAGAUAUGCUACCUAAUCAAACUUGUAAAAAUAUAUCAUUGCAUCAAAGUUGGUCUGAAUAUUUAGAAUCUUCAUAUCCUGCAUAUAAUGAUAAACAAAAAUUUCAAAAUUUCAAACAAAAAAUGUCUGAUAUACAAAAAACUUGUGUAGAUAAUAUAUGUCAAAAAAAUUUAUUUAUAUGUAAAACUAAAGAAAGAAACCAUUUAAAAUAUAAUUUGAAGGAACAAUAUUCUAACAGUGUAAAAAAACAAAAUUGGAUUGCAGAGUUUAAGAUAAUGGCUGGACAUCAUAAAUCAAAUAAAAUUGGAUAUUGUAAUAAUCUCAAAUGUUUUCGUCGACCUGUUGUACCAUUUUUAGUAUCAAAAACACAAAAUAUAAACAUUCCUAUACGAUUUAAUCAUGAUAUUCUAAAUGAUAUAUUAAUAAAUGCACAAAAACAAUGUUAUGCUUUUUCAUCUAAAUCAGAAACUUUUAAAAAUGUAGGAACACAAACAGAUUAUCGAGAUAGUGAAGCACAAACUAUUCCUUGGGAACCAUCAUACAAAAUUAAAUUAGGACAUAAUCCUGAAGUAUUAUCAAUAGUACAUUUAACUUGGAAUCAUGGAUUACAAAUUGGAAAUCAUGAAUUAGAAAUUAUUAAUAGAAUAAGAAAAAAAAGAGCAUGGGAAGCAAUCUUGCCUCCUAUGGAUACACCGGCUAAUAUAAAACGAAGAACAGCUAUAAUAAAUGCAUUAGAAGUAGAUGAAUGGGCAUUUAGAGAAUCAGAAAUUCAAGCAAUAAUGGAUUACAGACUUGAAUUAAUGAAUGAAAUAUCUAAAUCAUGUGAAUAUGAAAAACAAAAAAAAAUUCAAGAUCGUUUAGAUAGAUUGACAAAUCUUUUAUCUCUACGUAGAGAUAAAGAAAUAAAUUCAAUUGAACAUAAGCUUAGAAGAGAAUUAAGAAAAUUACAUAAAAAACAUCAAGAAAAAUCACAACCUCUCAAACGUGAUAUUAUUAAAGAACAUGCAAAUCCAUCUUCCGAAUUAUAUGCACCACAAAUGCGUUAUGGGGAACAUCCUCAAAGAAGACAUGAAAUAAUAGAAAAAGAAUUAUUAGGAGAAAGUUUCAUUGAAAAUGUAACUGAAAUAAAUACUUUACCAAAAUGGCUUCCAACAUAUGAACAACUAAGCGCAAUAGAACCUAAACCUAAGUCAGAUGAUCUAUGUAUUAGAGCAACAAGAUGGACAAAAGAAAAAUUAAUUCAGUUACAUUCUGACUUAAAAGCAAUAAGAUUAAGUACUAUAUAUGUGACAAUAGAUGCACCAGUAUUAUUAAAACGUAAAUAUAAAAUGCCAUCUUUACCUCCUACACCAUAUAAAACAACUAUAGAAGAUAUUGCAAAUAUACGUCUGCAUCAGUUGUCUACACUUAUUCAAAAAAUAGUUAGAGGAAGAGCUAUUCAAUGCAUGAUGUUUGAAGGUCGCAAUAGAUGUAGAGAAUUAAUUGAAGAAUUACAAUCGUCUUAUGGAUUAGAAGAAUAUAGUAAAAAACAAAAUCAAAAAGAAAAACAGCAUACAUUAGAAUUACAAGAAUUACAAAACCAAAAAUCUUUGCAAGAUGAUCGUUUAUGUGAAAUCUUAAAUUCUUUAGAAGGAAUGACUAUAUCAGGAAUGCUAGAUUUUCUUACUAAAGAACUAAUAAGAUUAGAAGAUGAACGUCAAAUACAUGCUUUUGCAUUAUUAGCUGAAAGAAAAAGAGCUAUCAGAGAAGCAGCAGAAGCUGGAAAACGUCAGUUAGAAUAUAAUCGUCGCAGAGAAUUUGACGAAAUAUUUAAACAAAUUAUAAAAAUUAAUCAAGAUUCUGUAGAAACUUAUUUAGAAGAUAUAAUAAAAGAAGGCAUUGAAUGGGUAUCCGAUGAAGCAACUAAAGCAUAUAUUUCGGAAUUAUGUGAUACAAUAGACAAUGUAUCAAAAGUUGCACGUGACAAUGAAACAAAAUUAGCAGAAGAAGAAAUGAUAGCUAAUAUGAUUUACAAUUUUGUAUUACCAGAAAUAGAAAAAACUACUUUACGAAAAAAUAUAAGAGAAAAGCAACAAGUUUAUUUGCAAAAUGCUCAUGCUGUAAUCUAUAAUAAAAUAUUGAACUUAUCAUCUGUUGAAGAUAAAAAUUAAUUGGAAAAAAAAAUAAUAUUUAAUUAUAAAACAUUAAAAAAAUUGUCUUAAAAAAUUUCAUUUAUGAUUUUUAUUAUUUAAUAUAUUAUAUUGUUUUAUUGUCAAAUUAAAUAGAUAAUAAAAAUAGAUAAUAAAUUAAAAUAGAUGUAAAUUUUUUGAAAAAUAUUAAUAUAAUUAUAAAAUAUUAUGUAAUAUUACUUCAAUUGUAUACGUGUGUGUGGUGUGUGUGUGCGCGCGCGCAUGUGUGUGUAAUAUUAUAAUUUCUAUAUUUUUUUUUUUUAAGAGAUGCAAUUUAAUGCAUUUCAUUUAAAAAUUUUGAGAAAGAGAAAGAGAGAAAGAGAUGAUGAAAUAAGAUAUGAAAUAUAAAAUAAUAUAAAAGUAAACAUUAUAUUAAAAUCUAUAUUUUAUAGAAAAAUUUAUUGUUAAAACAGGCAAUAUAUUUAUAUAUAAUCUUUACUAAUAAUUUAUUGUCAUUAAUUUUACAUAAAAUCUUAUAUAAUUUUUUAUAUUAAAUAACAUCAUUUCUGAAAAUAGGAAAAUUGUUAUAAAUAUAAUAUAAGCAAAUUAAAUAUUGAAUGAGAUCUAACAUUUUAGUUUAUAUAAUAAUAUAUUUUAUGUUAUAUUUCUUAAUGAUAUAUAUAAAAUAAUAUAUAAUUCAUAUAUUGCUGUAUACAAUUAUAUCUUUUAAUAUAUUUAUUGAUUGCUUUUUAAA